AGGUGUGUGAUAAAGAAAUCAAAUAUAAGCACACUGCCAACAGCUUAAAUUUAAAGUUAGAUGUUUUCAUUCACAGCCCUUUCAAAACAGACAUUCCUGGAGGAAAUCGUUUCGGGGCAAGUCAAUAUAUUAUAGUUUACAAUAAACACUGUGACCUGUUUAGAAUUCAAAAACCCAUAAGAAUAUUCUAAUGUUGCUGAUUGGAUUGUUAACAAAAGGCCUUUUAUGUAGGUCUAACCAAUCGAUCAUCGAUAUGCGUCAUGGUUUGGUUCCUUUAGAAUCAGGAGAACUUCGAGCCUUCUAGUGUCCAGAAAAGCAGUUAACAAUAAUCGAGUUGCUUUUUCUGAAAGGUGCCCACCUUGCGUGCACGAAAAAAAAAACAAGUUUCUGAAUGGCGGCUAAUGCUCUUGGAUAAACAAUAUUUGAUCACUGAAUGUGAGCUGAUUGAACGACUCUGACAUUCAAAUGACGAUUCCCAAAAGAGUAAAAUGUCUACCUUUGAAGAUGUUGAGUUGCCAGAGGAUCGCAAACUAAGAAGAAGAUCAAUCUAUGUCAUCUUCUUGAUUACCCUCUUCAGUUCAACGGACUAUGCAAUCACAAUGCCAUCACUCUGGCCUUAUAUGAAAAAGAUUGAUCAGCUGGUGAAACCAAGCCAUCUUGGCAUAGCAAAUGGUGGUUAUUGUCUCGGGCAGCUGAUGGGUUUGCCUGCUUUUUAUGCAUGGCAUAAAAUCCAUGGAGCCCGCGCGCCUCUUCUUGCCUGCAUUCUGCUCAAGUUCUCUGCAGCUUGUCUGUAUGCUCUUGCAGCAGCAUUUCCUGGAAGCAAUGGUCUAACCAUGCUUAUAGUGGCAAAAUUUUCAACUGGUUUUUCUAGCGGUCAAGUGGUUGUUUGUCGUACAGUCUUGGCACAUUCAACGACUGUGAAGGAGAAAAAGAUGAGCUUUGCUUUUCUUUCUACGUUUGAGGCUUUAGGAUUUGCAAUCGGACCAGGGCUUUCAGCUUUUCUGGCAAUCGUUCUCAAAAGUGAAUAUCGUCAUUCGUUUAUCAUCCUUGACGUCUUCAACGCUCCUGGGUGGCUCGGAAUGUUUAUGCAGACUAUUUGUUAUCCUUCAGUAUUGAUCUGGUUUAAGGAGUACAACCUACAAAGAGAAAAAGAAAAUAAAACAGGUGAAUUGCCAAAACCGGACACUUUUGCAAUGAUUUUGGUCGCAAUUUCCUAUUUUGUUAUCUAUGUUGUUUUUUCAGCACUCGAGACGCUGACCGCUCCACUCAUGUUAGAUGAAUUAGCCUUUACCAAACAAACGGCAGUUUUCAAUGCUGGCAUCUUGCUGUCUUCUCUUGGACCUAUUGCAUUUCUAUCGCUUGGAUUCAUUAAGUGCACAUCACAAAGAAUGGAUGAAAGACAAAUGGUUUUGGUAGGAUGUACAAUUGCAUUGUUAGGCGUUGUCACGUUUUUACCGUGGGGAAACACAUAUCCAACUCUUCAAACAAACGAGCUUAUCAGAGCUGGUAAUCUGACAAAAAUUCUUUUGAAAGAAGGAUGUCCAGCUAAAUACCAUUGGUGCAAAAAUACACCUAAAAUACAAUUUUGGCAAUUAAUUAUUGCAGAAUUGAUAACCAUGAUUGGCUUCAUGCUGACAUUACUAAUAAUAUAUGGAUUGUAUUCAAAAGUUAUUGGUCCAAGAAAACAGGGUUUUUAUAUUGCUGCUAUGUCUGCCAAUUCGUGUCUAUCAGGGAUCAUAUCACCAUUGCUACUGGCGUAUAUUUACGAACAUUUGGGACCCAGAUAUGUAUUUAUUACGAUUGCUUCUAUUUUAUCACUUUUUAUUCUAGUAUUCACUUAUUUCUAUAGCAGACUAGUACCUUUUGAAGAGUACAUAAAGAAAAACUAGAGUCUGGAAAUUAAACUGUUUGAACUUUUGCUAGAUAUUUUUGAAUGAGAGUUGAACUUCCUAUUAAAAAAUACCUUUGUUUAAACUUGGGAUGACUUGCUAUUGUUUGUCUGAAUAAGAGACUUUGUGGAUACCAAGCUUGAUACUUUCUUCUUGAU